UGGAGCAGAAAAUUAAUUCCUAUAUUCAUGGAACCAUUAAUGGAAAAUGUUACCGCUGUCAAAGGUCAAGAUGUUGAGUUCAUGUGUCGAGUUGCCAAACUUGGAAAGCAUAUGAUUGCAUUCGUACGAGCAGGUACUCCACCGAGGUUAAUCGCAUUUGAUGAAAAAGUAUUUCGGCAGCGUACAAAGUAUGAAAUUAAAUUAUCUGCAAAAGAUAAUAUACGCAUUUUGGUGGUAAAGAAUGUUCAGGAAAAUGACAUAGGUGGUUAUACUUGUCAACUGAAUACUGAUCCGGUAAUUUCCAAAACUGGUUACCUUCAUCUUAAAGGCAAGUUUAUCUUUGUUUACAAUUUUAUAGUUCCACCUUAUGUAGCUCGAACGACGGCAUCAGUUGUAGAGGUACGAGAAGGGCACAACGUAACCUUGUCUUGUCGAGCAUUCGGUGAUCCACCUCCAACUGUAAUUUGGAGGAGACAAGAUCGACAGAUAAUCCGAUUUAAUGGAGCUACCGGAUAUGGAGCAAGUAUAUUUAAUGGAUCAGAUCUGACAAUAACAAAGGUUAAUCGCAAACAUAUGAGUGAAUAUGUAUGCGUCGCAAGUAAUGGUAUACCACCAGAUGAGUCAUGGAGUGUCAAGUUAUACGUUACUUUUGUACCUCUUGUAGUACCACAAGCUGAAAACGUUCAAGUAGCCCUUGGAGGACAGAUAAGUUUAAUUUGUAACGUUGAAGCUUGGCCAAAACCCGUUGUGCACUGGGAAAAAGACGGACGUAAAAUAUCCGAUUCGUCAAUAUUUUCUCUCUCUAAUCAAAUGUCAGAAAAAUAUCGAAGCAUUCAUGUGUUAGUAAUCAAAAAUGUUGGCAAGAGUGAAUUUGGUAAGUAUCGAUGUAUUGCUCAAAAUGACAAUGGCGAACAUUCUGCUGAUAUUACUUUACAAAGUAAAAAAUUUUUCUAA